AAGGGCAGCCGCAAACUCUCUUGUAUAAGAAUCUUUGGCUCGAGUUUGAAGCUGAAUUGUGUUCCAUUGGUUACACAGCUCGCUUUGAGCGAAUGAAAAUUGAGAUGGACAAAAGCAAGCUAGACAAUUCAAAUUCCAUAAAUAUGGCGGGGAAACAACUGCCAGAGGUUGUUCAUGCUGGAUUUGCAGGUAAGGGAAACUGUUGGCCAUUUUCUCAAUACCAACAAGAGGAUGGAUGCUUGGAUGUGGGUGUGGGACCUCCUCAUCUGCAGCAUGACACUGGGAAUGGUUGUGGAGACAAAUUUGGGUCAUACAGAGAUGGUUCUGAUCAUGAUAAUGUCAGAGAGUUCCGCGUGUCUGCCAAGGAUGACUCAGUAUUUCAAUCUUACAACAGUGGGCUGGCUACUCAACGUUCUUCUUGGCUUGGCUUGGGUUUUGAACCACAAAAUUGA